CAAAAUACUAUUAAUCAUGGGAGCAUGCUGCACUACAGGAGAUGAUGAAGCCCAAGCAUUUGGGAGACAAGUAAAUGCUGGUAUGGACAAAAGAAAUGAUGUUCAAAAAGCUAUGAAUAUCCUUUUUGAAAGGAACAACACUUUCAUGAAGCUUGACCUAAGAUUCAAAGCACGAGAGUUACCAAAUAUAGAUUCAGGGACCAAGACUGACUCCUUCUGAGUUAUAUUUGAGCAUAUCAAAGAUCCAGGAAACCCUGAGAAUGGUCAAUGGAUUGAGAGAGGUAGAACAGAAAUAGUCGUUAAUACCAAUGAUCCUUCCUUUGUUAAGACCAUCAGCAUUGAUUACUACUUUGAGCAAGAUCAGGAGUUUCUUGUCUUACUACACGACAGCGAUAAUUUCGAAAAUGAUACUAUCUCACUUGCUGGGACUAACUACAUCGGUCAGAAUCAAUUUAAAAUCCAGAAUCUGGUGUGUAACAGAGAUAAAGAAAUCGAGAUUCCCUUACAUGACAAGGAAGGCCAAGGAGCUGGCACAAAAGGCUAUGUCACAAUCAACUACGAGGAAGAGCUCAGCUGCACAAAUCAGGAUCUUAAACUGGCUGUUUCUAUGUUUGAAGGAAAUUUUGUCGAAAAUAGAGCAUAUUUUAUUGAGAUCAGUAAGAUCAAGCCCCACCCUUCAAAUGAAUCUAUCAAAAUUUUUAGAAGUGAAAAAUGAACUUUUGAUAAUGAAGCUUUGAUUCCUUUCCAAGAGAUUAUCAUCCCAGUGGAUUGCUUCUUAUGAGCCAAGAAUGCAGGAAUUAAUAUCCAUGAGAUUCCCUUGAAAAUUACGUUAAGAGAAUAUAAUCAAAUGGGAGAUCAUAAAGAAACAGCACAUAUUUCAACAAGUAUCGGAAACCUCCUUAAUGGAGAUUCUUUGAUCACACUUGCUGGGACUACUCACGAGCAUACCUUUUCAUUGAAACGAAACAAAGGCCAAUUGGUGAGGACCCACAGCUUCCUUGAUUACAUCAGUAAUGGCUGAGAGAUGGCAUUUAUCGCUGGAGUGGAUUUCACUGGAUCUAACCUGUCUGGAGCAAAUGGGCUAAACCUCCAUUCAACUAGCUUACAAGAGAAUCAAUAUUUCAAUGCCAUACAGCAAGUCAGUAGCAUCUUGCUUAAUUUUGACAGUGACAAGCAGGUCCCUUUGUUCGGAUUUGGAGCAGUUGUAGACCGAAGAUACUACAACAACGUGUCCCAUUGCUUUGCUCUUAACGGCAAUAGCUUCAGGCCUGAAGUGCAAGAUAUUGGAGGAAUCCAGGACGCUUACAUGAACACUAUCAAUAAUGUGCAAUACGCUGGCCCUACUUUCUUUGCACCAAUGUUGAAGAAAUGGAACGAAAUGGUGUCAUUUGAAUGUGAAAAGAAUACAAAGAAGUAUUAUACCUUCCUGAUCCUCACAGAUGGAAUGAUCCAUGACAUCAACGACACCGUUGAGCAGGUUGUAGUCUCAAGCAGACUUCCCGUUUCAAUCAUCAUAGUAGGGAUAGGUAAUGCCAAUUUCUCAAAUAUGGUAUUUUUGGACUCGGAUGAGCAGCCUCUCUUCUGCAAGAACACUCAGAGCUUUUCCAAAAGAGAUAAUGUCCAGUUUGUAAAAUUCAAUGAUAUAAACAAAAAUGGAGACAACUUCGAGGCGCUAGCAAGGGAGACCUUGAAAGAACUCCCGAGACAAAUGAUCGAGUAUUUUGAAGGUGUUGAUAUUGAACCCUCAGAUAUGGGAAUUCCCGAUCCAAAUCUUGAGGUGAGGGACUAUUCCUCUUACAAAGCAAUGGAAUUAAUGUCGAGUCCACAUUUUGCAUCAGAGGGCAACCAAGAUUUAGUUCAAAAGGUGAUCCAAGAAGGGAUAGCCGAUCCAGAUACCAUCGAAUAUAGCGCCUUUAACCUGUCAUAUGUAAACAACUUGAAAUUAUAGACCUACCCUGAUGUUAUAAAUCACUCUCA